CUUUGAUCUGAUCUUAUAAGGCUAUUCUUAGCUUUUGAAGAAAGUCUCUUUUUUCCCCCCACAGCUGAGCCUGAGUUUUUACUCUUACCUGAGGAAUGAUGGACAUGAAACAGACAGAAAAUCCCACGCCCAAGAAAAAGAAAUUGACAAAGAUGCUGGCUCUGGCCACGGUGAUUUCCUGCACUGGAUCUUUGCAGCUGGGAUAUAUGCACUGGACAGUCCUCAACCCAGAUUUGCUCUAUCUAGCAUUUUCCAACAUAACACAUGAAAGAAUUGACAUCAAGAGUGAAGAGUCUCUGAAGCUCCUGUUGACCUUCAGCAUUAUGAUCUACCCAGCAGGAGGCCUCAUUGGAUCGCUGCUGCUUGGCCCCAUGGUGGAUAACUGUGGCAGGAAAGGCACCUUGCUCCUAAACAAUGGUUUGGCUGUAGUCGCUGCUGGACUUCUUAGCUUGUCCAACAUAGCAGAUCUCCAUGACUUUAGCGUUUUUGUUCGUUUCAUUGUUGGAAUAUGCUCAGGUAUGUUUUCCUUGAUGGUCCCAUUGUACGUCGUAGAGAUCGCCCCAGCCAACCUGAGGGGAGGCCUCACAACAACAUCCAUUCUGUUUCUCCUCUUUGGAGUCAUUAUAGCUCAGGUCUUUAGUGGCCGCAACAUCUUCGGAACAAAAGAACGACUGCCGUUAAUGACGGGCUUCACUGGAAUCAUUGCAUUGUUGACCAUCCCCUUCCUGAUUUUCUCUCCCGAAAGUCCGAGAUUUCUGCUCAUUCAGAAGAGUAAUGAAGAAAAAGCAAGGCGAGUCUUGAAGAAGCUGAGGGGGCAGGACAAUGUGGAGGAUGAGAUUGAAGAGCUCCGUCAAGAAAACCACUUGGAGAUGGCAGAAAAGGAAAUGACUGUGUUUUCGCUUCUGAGUUCCCGCAAUCUCCGGUGGCACCUCAUCUCCGUCAUAGUCUUGAUGGGGGGACACCAAUUUUCUGGUGUAAGCGGGGCAUACUUUUACUCCGAAAAAAUCUACAGGUCCAUAUUGACGAAAGCAAGCAAUAUACGGUAUAUGAAUCUUGGUGUGACGUGUACCCUCAUUGUGGUGACUGUCAUAACGAUAUCUGCCGUUGAUUCUGUAGGGCGGCGGUUUCUACUUCUUCUCGGCUUCAUGAUUUGCAGCAUUUGCUGCAUUCUGUUAACUUUGAUCCUCGAGCUUCAGGGAAACAACCCUUGGUUGGGUUACUUCAGCACAUUUUUUGCCAUCACAUUCUUCAUUGGACACAUGAUCGGCCCAGCUCCAAUAACCUACCUGGUCACUUUAGAACUGUUCCUCCAGUCUUCUCGGGCCUCAGCCUUUGUCGUUGGAGGAUUUGUGAACUGGUUAACCAGGUUUCUUUCACUGGUGAUAUUCCUUCUGCUAGAGCCGUUCACCGGCCCUUACAGCCUCCUCAUCUUCUGGUUUCUCUGCACUACCACCUUUAUUUGCAUUUUCAUGAUGAUCCCAGAAACCAGAGACAAGACCUUUCUGGAAACCCACCAGUUCAUAUUACUCAAGGCCGCCAAGAAGAAGGAGAAAAAAGAGGACCAGGAAGCCGUGUAAAAAACUCAGGAGGUGUCUACGCAGCGCUUUAGGAUUACUAGUUUAAAAGAUACGGUGGCCCGAAUUGAACCGUUCCUGUUGCUCGUCGGCAAUCUUGGCUCUCUUGACGCAUUGUCAAUGGUGGUUUCCCUUCUGGCCCGGAGGAAGAGCCUGGCUGGCUUCCCCCCGCCCAGCAUUCCCAUGCAGACUUUUCUAUUGUUCCACCCCG